AUAGCUCACUAUGAUCAUCAAGCUCAUUAUAAAACCCUCCUUUACACUAAUAAUCAAAGUGCCCACAGCCCAGUCACCACCAUCAUGGCUUGCAUGCAAAUGUCCAGGAGUGAAUCUACAGAGAAGAAGUGCAGCGAUGUCUCUCAGGGUUACUACUCAUCUGAUCACAAGCAAGAGGUCCACAAAGUAGCAGGGUGUGCAGUGCCCCAGGCUGGGAACCACAACAUUGUAGGCAAUACUGGAUGUGCAGCUAACCAAAUUGGUCACAACAAGGGAGGCAACCACUCCUCUGGCCACUAUGGCCAUGCCAUCCAAGGCACUGGCCACCACGGCCAUGCCAGCCAAGGCACUGGCCACCACGGCCAUGCCAGCCAAGGCACUGGCCACCAUGGCCAUGCCAGCCAAGGCACUGGCCACCACGGCCAUGCCUGCCAAGGCUCUGGCCACAAUGGCCAUGCCAGCCAUGGCUCUGGCCACAAUGGCCAUGCCAGCCAUGGCUCUGGCCACCACGGCCAUGCCAGCCAUGGUUGUGGACAACAUGGCUCUGCCCAUCAUGCAAUCAACCACCACAACUCUGCCCACCAUAGCGGUACCCACCACCACUCUUCACACCAUGCAAGCUGCGAUGAGAAGAAGGAAGAAUACAAAGUUUACAAAUCAGGACACAACAAGAGUGAGAUGAAGAUCAAGAAGAAGUCAUCCAAGAAGUGCAGCGAUGACAGCAGUGACAGCGAGAGUGACAAUGAAGGCUGUGGGAAGAAGUGCUAAGCAGGAAGAACUCAGCAGUUAGCAUCAGCUAACCCAGGACCAGACUUGAGAUCAUAUGCUACUGCUAAAAAUAUAGUAUGUAAUAAAUAAUGCCCAAUUACUAGCAUAGCUGGAUUGGCUCAGUGUGUGUUAUGAAAGAAUGGAUGACUUUCCUAAUUGUACUACAUGCCGUUUCUUAUGAUGAAUGUUGCUACU